AUGUCUCAGGCCGUAAAGAGAGCCUGCGAUGCUUGCCAUCGUCGCAAGGUCAAAUGUGAUGGCAUCAACCCCUGCCGCAACUGCUCCUCCGCCCAGCUCUCCUGCACAUACAACGCCAUCCCCCAGAAGAAGGGCCCCAAGGGCUCCCGUGCAAAGGUCAUCUCCGAACUUCGCGAGACCCAACGCCUCACCUCACUCUCCGCCAAGGUCCAAAAUCGCAUCAACGGCAUCGCCUGCCCCCCGCCCAGCAACCUGCUCGCCCCGACCCCCGGAAUGGUCACCUCGGACCUUGUCAAGGAUUGUGCCUCGUUCUUCUUCGACAACAUGUAUGCCCAGGCCCCCAUCCUCGACCGUCGCCAAGUCGACCAGCAGCUCCUCUACAUGGAGCAGAACCGUGAUGCCUACUGCCUAGUCACCUCCAUGUGUGCCUUGGUCAUGCUCCAGCCUGGCAUGUCCAUGCCCCCCGGCGACCCCUACAACCUCGACAUGGUCCCGGGUGCCAACAUCAUCUCCUCCCAGCUCCUGCUCGAAGAAGCCCUCAGGGUCCGCAAGGGCUACGAGUACCUCGACUCCGUCACCCACAACGCCCUCGCCACAAACUACUUCCUCUUCGCCUGCUACUACGCCCAGGAGUUGCACGACAAGGCCUGGUACUACCUCCGUGAGGCCACCACCAUGAUUGCUAUGAUCGGCAUGGACAAGGAGGAGCACUACCUGCAGCUCGACCCCGUCGAGGCUGCUCGCCGCCGCCGCCUCUACUGGCUGCUCUACUCGGUCGAGCGUGCCUACGCCCUCACCCGCGGCCGUCCCCUCACCCUCAAGCCCACCAUCAACCUGCCCACGCUCGCCGACGACCCGUCUGACCCGCUGGCGCACCAGCUCCACGGCUUCAUCAUGCUCGUCAACCUCCACCACCCCUUUGACGACUCCUUCAUCACCGUCUGGAACAAGACGCGCGGCCAGCUCGCCGCCCCGUACAUCAGCGGCCUGCAGAAGCAGCAAAACGACCUCGCCCAAAACUACGCCUGCCGGGAACCCAACUUUGCCGACCUCCGCGCCAACCAGCAGUGGCUCAAGAACACCGUCUGGCAGCUCACCAACGGCCGCAACGGCAGCACCGACGACAACUCCUUCUACAACGGCGACAUGGCCCGCGAGCUGCUGCUGAACCUGGCCUCGUCCUUCCCCAACCAGGGCAUGGACAUUGUCAACACCGGUCUCAUCGAGAAGCUUAUCGAGAUCACCUUUUCUCUCACCGAGCACCUGGCCAUGCAGCCCGCCUCGCGCGACCCGUUCGCUAUCGGACCCCGCGAGUGCCUCAACCAGAUCCUGACCUCGGUUGCCCUCGCGCGCUCCGGCGAGCACCGCUUCCUUCCGCUGCUCCUGAGCAAGGUCACCGAUGUCCUGCCGCGCACCGUCAACCCGAUGCUGGCCAACGCCCCCGAAAACGUCGCCAUGGCCUCGGUGGACAUCUUUGACGGCUUCGGCAACGCCGGCAUGGCGCAGCCGCCGAUGCAGAUGAUGGACGGCGACUACGUGGAGAGCAAGUACGCGCUGGAGAUGAGCAGUAGUCGCACGCCCGAGUCCAACUCGCACGCUAGCCACGCCACGCCGGGCUCCGGCUCCGGGGGCUCCGACCUGAGCAGCUCGUUCGUCGCGUCGCCGGACAUGAUGUCGCCCGGCGGCAUGGACUACACCCACGGCAACAACCUCGCGCUCAACACGUUUGGGGUCAACUCCAUGCAGGAUAUGGUGAGCCCGGUGGGACCGUCGGCGCAGCACAUGCACAUGCGGCAAGGCAUGCCGAUGAACGGCAUGGUCAUCCCGCGGCAGGGCAGCUUCAUGCAGGGGGGCGAGUAUCACGGGAUGCCGCCCGGCGAGCUCGACUUUAACUCGCUGCGGUAA